AUGAAAAGAAGCGAAAGAUCGACAAAGCGUGAUCCAUCUUAUUGGGAGUAUGUUGAUGCUUAUCAUUCAGUUCAAAACAGCAACACCUCAGUCAGACCCAAUCCAUCAUCUUUUGAACCACCGAAGCCAGUAAGGAUGAUCCCCAUGUUGGAUCAAUUUCCGCCAUUUAUGCAUGGUUUCAUUGAGGAUGUUGUUGAUGUGAAAGCAGAUGGUCAUUGUGGAUAUCGAUCAGUUUCCGCUCUGUUAGGUAUGGGAGAAGAGUGUUGGGCCAUGAUGCGUAACGAAUUGAUUAAAGAACUUGACAAAUGGUCGCAAGACUACAAAAAGAUCUUUGGUGGCACGAAGAGAUAUGAACAGCUGAGGUUGUCCCUACACGUGGAUGGGUUAUCCAAGGUUAGUAUGGACAAAUGGAUGGAUAUAACGGAUAUGGGAUAUGUAAUUGCAUCAAGAUAUAAUGUAAUCCUUGUAUCGUUGUCACGGCAACAGAGCUUCACAUUUUUUCCUCUCAGAAGUCGACCACCGGCCAAUUCUUCUGCACACCGCAUGAUAUGCGUCGGUCAUGUGUUUAGCAGUCAUUUUGUUCAGGUCCAUUGA